GCUCUGUUUCAGCCGUUUCCUACUAUCCCUUUAUUCUUCCUCUUACGCAAACAAAACCAAACCAACUUCAAACCCUAGAUCACCAAAUACCUCUGUUGACCACCAUUAAAGCGGCCUUCCAGAACCAUUCUUUCCUUUCAGAACCUGUAUCUUUUCUCAUAAAAUUUCUGCAAUUCUUGGCAAAAAGAUGACACUUUUUUUACAAUCAAAGUCUCUCUCAAAUGGGGUUUCCAAGAAUCCUCACGAUUUCAUCAAACCAAACGUUGUAACCAUUGAUGUGGGUGGUCAACUCUUUCAAACCACCAAACAAACCCUAACCCUAGCUGGUUCCAAUACCCUUUUCUCUAAUCUCUUCAAUUCUUCCCAACAAAACAACUCCAUCCCAUUUAUCGACAGAGACCCAGAAUUGUUUUCGAUUCUCUUAUCUCUUCUACGGACUGGAAAUCUGCCAUCGAAAGCCAAAAGCUUUGAAAUUCAAGAUAUCGUUUUUGAAGCGAAGUUUUAUGGGGUUGAAGAUCUUCUUGUUCAAUCUCAAUCAAACCCAUCUCAAUUUGAAGCUUUUGAUCUUGAAAAAUCAAUGAUUUUGCCUCUUAGUGGCAGAGAUUCACCUUCUGCCAUCGCUACAACACCAUUUGGGUCAGUUCAUGUCUCGCAUGGCAGCAAAAUCACGUCUUUUGAUUGGUCUUUGCAAAGAAAGUCAACCAUUUUGACCCAAUUCACAGCUGUUGAUUCUUUAUUAGCUUUAUCAUCAAAUGUAGUUGCAGCUGGUGCCACUGAUUUCUCUGGGUUGCAAAUCAUUGAUCUUGAAAUGGGUUUUGUUAAAAAGACUUUAAAUUGGGAAAACGUGACGAAAUCUGGUUCGACUGUUCAAGCAAUUGGGACUUCCCCUGAGCUUUUGUUCACUAGUUUCGAAUCAAGUCGUAGGAAUUCGAACUCGAUCUUGGUCUAUGAUCUCAAUGACAGCUUUAAAGUCGUAUCCGAAAUCGGGCAUAAUGAAAUCUUUGGUGCUGAUCUUGAUUCAGCGAUUCCAUCCACAAAAUUGAAUUGGGUUUCAAGUCUUAAUCUGUUAAUGGCUUCUGGGUCUCAUAGUGGACCAUCUGGGAUUUCUGGAAACAUCAAGUUUUGGGAUAUAAGGUCCGGGAAUCUCGUUGUGGAGAUCAAAGAAAAAGCCGAUUGCUUUUCGGAUAUCACGGUUUCCGAUACCCUUUCGGCCGUUUUCAAGAUUGGGAUGAACUCGGGGGAAGUUUCCUAUAUUGAUUUUAGGAACAUCUCGUCCGAUACUUCGUGGAAUUGUCUUGGCGAUUCAAGAAAAGCGAUGAAUGUGAAGAAAGAAGGGUUUGGUUGCAAGAUUGAAAACCAUGGGAAUCAAGUUUUUUGCAGUAAAGAAGGCGAAUUGGAGCUAUGGUCCGAGGUUUUGAUGGGUUCAUCGACAACGAGUAAAAAUGGGGAAGAAGAGAGAAUCUUUAAGCAGAACGUAUUGGGUCGGUCAAAGGAUAUCGGAGGCAAUAGGAUCACGAAUCUCGGGUUUGGUGGAAACAAAAUGUUCGUUACUAGAAAAGAUCAGCAAUGCGUCGAGGUUUGGCAAAGCUCCGUAAGAAGGUUUUGAUCAUUAGGAGUUCAGUAUGAACUACUGAACUGUAGUUCUGAGUCCUGGUCCAGAUAUUCUUACCCAAACAGUAUGAAUCUCGGACCAGGACUCGGUAUUAGCUAAAACUCAAAUCCCAGUUCAUUUUUUAUGUAAUAACCUGAAACAAAAUGAUUGAUUGUUAGUUUGUGUACAUUAUUGGUUGGUGUAGUGAUACCUUUUUCCAUUUGUAUUGUAAUGUGUAGAAUUAUGUGCUUGAUAUGGAUGUUUUGGUUUGGAUGCUUA